GCACUUUGGCCUUUGCGUCUUUGGUGCUUUUUGGUCUGAGUUGGGACUCUGUGCUCCAUGCUUUCUAUAUUCGCUUACUGCAAAACAAGGAAGACAAUAAUGGUGGUGGAAUCACCGGAAAUGAACAGAGCAAGGCUAGAAUCCAACAAUAAUUUCCCAUGGAAUUUGUGGGGAUUGUCCAAAGCUGAUAGAAACCAAUUCCUGCCUUCUCAGAUCUCAAGGAUCUCAGAAUUUCGGGCUUGAAGCUUCGUUUAUUCUCAAGUAAAAAAAACUAAAGAACUUUCCCUCUUCUAGGCGCUUCUCUCUCAGCACACAUUAUUCCUUCAACUUCCAUUCAAAUUCUUCAAUUAUUGAGCUGGUUUCUGAAGUGGGAAAAGCCAUUUUUGGUAUCUGGGUCUGUUUAAUGGUAAAGUAAAGUUGUUACGUUGCUAAGUUGGGUUCGCUUCAAGGGAAUCUGAUUCUGAGAGCUUCUUUUUUUGUUUGGAUAAGGCGAUGCAGACUUGACUUUGUGUGAGAAUGCCUUGUCCAAUUGGUAAUUAUGGAGGUUUUGAGCAGAGCCUUCUUCUUGCUUAAAGGGAAACAAUAGUUAUUGAGCUGAGAAUUCAGUAUGGGAAUCAUCGGUUCGAUUUUCUGGCUUCUGGGUCUGUUGCUUCUGGUUUUGACAGAAAUUUCUUCCGCCGCUCUUUCUCCUUCUGGGGUAAACUAUGAAGUUGUUGCUCUGAUUGCCAUAAAGAAUGACUUGGUUGAUCCCCACAAUGUCCUGGAUAGUUGGGAUAUUAAUUCUGUCGACCCUUGUAGCUGGAGGAUGGUUACCUGUUCUCCCGAUGGUUCCGUGUCUGCCUUGGGAUUGCCUAGUCAGAACUUGUCCGGUACGCUGUCUCCUGGAAUCCAAAACCUAACAAACUUGCAGUCUGUGUUGCUUCAAAACAAUGGCAUUUCUGGUUCAAUUCCUGGUGGGAUAGGAAAUCUGGAAAAGCUUCAGACACUUGAUCUUUCCAAUAAUGCAUUUAGUGGUGAGAUACCCAGUUCUUUGGGAGGGCUUGAGAACCUAAAUUAUCUGCGGUUAAACAAUAACAGCUUGAGAGGAGUCUGCCCUCAGUCCCUUGGCCACAUUAAGGGCCUAACCCUUGUGGACCUCUCUUAUAACAAUCUGAGUGGUCCGUUGCCAAGAAUAUCUGCAAGAACAUUCAAGAUUGUGGGUAACCCUUUAAUUUGUGGUCCAACGGCUAAGAACUGUUCAACUGUUUUGCCGGAGCCGCUUUCCUUCCCUCCAGAUGCUAUUAGAGGCCAAUCAGACUCUGUAACUAAAAGCCAACGUGUAGCAAUUGCUUUUGGUGCAAGUUUUGGUGGUGCUUUUGUUGUUGUGGUUAUCAUUGGGUUCCUUGUUUGGUGGCGGUAUAGACACAACCAGCAGAUAUUCUUUGAUGUCAAUGAACAAUAUGAUCCAGAGGUGCGCCUUGGUCAUUUAAAGAGAUACUCAUUUAAGGAGCUUCGAGCUGCGACAGACCAUUUCAGUUCAAAGAACAUUCUAGGAAGAGGUGGCUUUGGAAUAGUCUACAAAGGGCGCUUGAAUGAUGGAUCUAUAGUGGCAGUGAAAAGGUUAAAGGACUAUAAUGCUGCCGCUGGAGAGAUCCAAUUUCAGACAGAAGUUGAGACAAUAAGCUUGGCCGUCCACAGGAAUCUUCUCAGGCUAUGUGGUUUUUGCAGCACUCAGAAUGAAAGGCUCCUUGUUUAUCCAUACAUGCCUAAUGGCAGCGUAGCGUCUCGAUUAAAAGAUCAUAUUCGUGGCGAGCCAGCUUUAGAUUGGGUAAGGCGAAAGAGAAUAGCUUUAGGUACGGCAAGAGGUUUGGUUUAUUUGCAUGAGCAAUGUGAUCCUAAGAUAAUACACCGAGAUGUGAAAGCUGCCAACAUAUUGCUGGAUGAAGAUUUUGAAGCAGUAGUUGGUGAUUUUGGUUUGGCAAAGCUUCUGGAUCACAGAGAUUCGCAUGUUACCACGGCAGUGCGUGGCACAGUUGGUCACAUAGCUCCAGAGUACUUAUCUACAGGUCAGUCAUCUGAAAAGACCGAUGUCUUUGGGUUUGGAAUCUUGCUUCUUGAGCUCAUCACAGGUCACAAGGCCUUGGAUUUUGGACGAGCUGCUAACCAGAAGGGUGUAAUGCUUGAUUGGGUUAAGAAGCUCCGUCAAGAACGAAGAUUAACUCAAAUGGUGGAUAAGGAUUUGAAUGGAGACUUUGAGCUGUUUGAGGUAGAAGAAAUGGUUCAGGUUGCACUAUUGUGUACACAGUUUAAUCCUUCUCAACGUCCAAAGAUGUCUGAAGUAUUGAAGAUGCUGGAAGGCGAUGGUUUAGCAGAGAGAUGGGAGGCUUCACAGAAGCUUGAUGCAUCAAAGUACCGGUGCAGUGAAAACUCUACUCCGCAGAGAUAUUCAGAUUUUAUAGAAGACUCUUCACUCAUAGUAGAAGCUAUGGAGCUUUCUGGGCCUAGGUGACAGACAUCAUCUUGGUUUUUCCGCUAUAACUCCUCUGUUUAAACAAAAAAAGGUUUAGCUUUAUGUGAUUAGAAGAAAUGAGAUUAAUUAUAUGUUUUUGUUAGCGUUAAUGUCAAUAGUUGUGGAAUGGGAUUGUAUUCAUGUGUGAAAAGAAAAUGGCAAUCCAUGUAUAACUAUUUUCUUUUUUGGAUUGACAAUUUACCUGGUCCAAAAAGUUUUGAAUCAAUCUUAUAUAUAGAAUGGUCUUGAGUGACCUAUUGCUAUUUU